AUGUUCCGUGCAGCCUCACAACCCGCAGACUUGCUCUGGGUGAUUCUACUGAGCCUGCUGCUGGUACCGGAGAGCGGCUGCAGAGGAGCCGGGGCGGACAGCUGUCAUGAGGUGAAGACGGCCUACAUGAUGAGGCAGAUCGGCCCCGUGGAGCUGGUGCCGGACUCCCCGGGAACAGACGAGUCCCUCCGAGUGUGCGUCCACCCGGGGCCCACCUGCUGCACAAGUAAGAUGGAGGACAGCUACAUGGCGGCGGUUCGCAGCGAGACGCAGCAGAAGAUACAGUCGUACAGCUUCGAACUCAAGUACCUGAUCGCUGGAAACACCAAGGCUUACCAAGAGACCUUUGAGUCGCUCGUGUCCUUCAUGUCGAACCUCACCAGCUCCCUGUUCGACAGCGCCUACUCCACCCUGGUGUCCGACAGUCGCCCCCUAGUGUUCCAGCUGUUCGACGGCAUCAAACGCCACCUCUCCGGAGAAUCGGAUUCCUCCCUGGAGAACACCGUGCGUCGAUUCUACAACGACCUCUUCCCGUUGGUGUACCGACGUCUGCUCAACCCCGGGUUCGGCCACACGUCCCUCCAGUCCCACGCCCCCACCACCCACGAUGACUGCCUGCGGUUGACGAGGCAGGAUGUCAGCCCGUUCGGACCCCAUCCUCGCCUCCUGGUCAGCAGCCUGUCCCGUGCGCUCGGGGUCGGCCGAGCACUGAGCCGACUCCUCCGACUGGCCGGUGAGGUGGUGAACGCCACCGAGAAGGCCACGUUAUCCAGAGAGUGUGGCCGAGGCCUGGUGAGGAUGCAGUACUGCUCCCACUGCAGAGGGCUGACCCUGAUCCGGCCCUGCACCGGACUGUGUGUCAACGUCAUGAGAGGAUGUCUGGUCGGUGUAUCAGAACUCGGCGCCCCCUGGGAGAGUUUGGUGGUGUUGCUCCAGCGGCUAUCCGCCACUUUAGCAACCAGCAGCAACCACAACAGCCUGGAGUUGGCUCUGCUCGCCGUCCGAAACCACGUGAACGACGCCAUACUGCACGCUCAGCUGCACGGGCCACGCAUCACCGCCACGGUGGAGAAGGUGUGUGGCCCACAGGAGCCUGGUCCCGUGACCACAAGUUCAAAACCCACCACCUCCCAUGUUACAGCCUCAGUGACCCCCGUGACAUCACUGACCUCAGAGAGGUUGACUGUGACCUCACCUCCAUCAGCCACUCAUCAACGUCCACAGCAACAAACCAGGAAGUUGUUCCCUCUUAAAGGUUCCAGAGGUGACAAGAGUCGAAGCCUGAAAAAACUGUCGAGGGAGUUUGAGGGAUCCAUCCAGCGGUACCAGUGGUUCUUCUCCGAGCUGCCAGAGAUGCUGUGUGAGAGUGAGAUGGAGGUCGAGCAGCACACGUGCUGGAGCGGCCAUGACGUGGCAGAGAGCUAUGCAGGUCGUGUGGUCAGCAGCAGCUUAAAGGCCCAAAGGGAAAACCCAGAGAUGACCGUCCGCAAUACAGACCCUGUCCUGAAGGGGGCCAAGCAGAGGCUGGAGCAGCUCACACAGGAGCUGUUAGUGGAGCUCGGCUGGGCGAGUAAAGCCAGAGGAAGAGUGGAGGAAGAGGAGGGGGGGAGCGCAGACACAGAGGGAGGAAGUGGGAACGACUGCGAUGAUGAAGAUGGCUGUGAAGCAUCUGGCGAGAGGAACGGUGAUGAGACGGGUCACUCAGCCAGUGGUCACAGUCCAGAGGCGAAGAACGAAGCUCGGCCUCCUCUUCUUCAUCGCCCCGUCCCUCCUCGUCACCUCUCACCUCCACAGGUAAAGACACUGUUCUCACAUUUUCCAUUCACUGCUGACCUGCUGUCGAAAGGUGGAGCCUGA